CAGCUAGCUGUCCAUUGAUUUAGAGAGGAAGAGAGAGAUUGAGGAGGAGGGAGCAGCGAGAUUAGGGUAGGCCCCAGCAACGGCUUUGCUUAGGAUGGCCAUGACACGAUCAACAAAUUAAAGACGAUCCAACCCCACCUCCCUCUCUCAUCAGUCAUCACCACCCUCCUCCUCUGACCUCUCUCUUUCCACCAGUCCACCAUGUCCCUCUCUCUCUUUCUCUUUCUCCUCCCAGCCCCACACCUCUGAUCUCCACUCCCCACCCCCACACACCCCGCGCGCGCCUGCCGCGCACGUGCGCACUCCCCGCCGCCGCCGUCCUCCGCUCCGGCGAACGCACGCCGGCGCCCUCGAUCGUCAGCGCUAGCUGCAUGAGACCGAGCGAGCAAGGCAGGCGUCGUAGUAUAGUAUCAAGAUAGCUUCUUUUUCCUCUGGGAAGAAGCACCAUGGACGCGCCGUCGAGCAGCACGAGCACGAGCACCAGCACCAACAGCAGCCGGAGCGCCUCCGAGCACCAGCAACACCAGCACCGCCAGCACCACGCGGCGGGCCAGCCGCACCACCCGUUCUACUACGCCGGCGCGGCGGGGGGCGGCGCGGCGGCUGCUGCCAACGCGGCCGGGAUGCCGCAGUUCAUGGGGUCGCUGGCCAUCGUGCAGCAGGCCCCCUCGGCCGGCGCCGGCGCCGGGGAGGUGCAGCUGGCGCAGGCGUCCGGAUCGUCCGGCGGCGCGGAGAAGAAGGCUGUGGUGCCGGCGCCGGCGAAGCGGCCGACCAAGGACCGGCACACCAAGGUGGAGGGGCGCGGGCGGCGGAUACGGAUGCCGGCGCUGUGCGCGGCGCGGGUGUUCCAGCUCACGCGGGAGCUGGGCCACAAGACCGACGGCGAGACCAUCGAGUGGCUGCUCCAGCAGGCCGAGCCGGCCAUCGUCGCCGCCACGGGGACGGGUACCAUCCCGGCCAACUUCUCCUCCCUCGCCGUCUCCCUCCGCUCCGGCGCCUCGCACCCCUCCUCCGCCGCCUCCCGCGCCGCGGCCGCCUUCCACCACCUCCCGCCGCCGCACCACGAGGUCGCGGCCAUGCUCGGCUGGAACCACGGCCAUCACCACCAGCAGCAGUUCCUGCCGCCCCCGCAGCAGCAGCAGGCGCCGCAAGAUCCCGGCGCCGGGGAGUUCAUGAGGAAGCGCUACAGGGAGGGCGCCGACGACCUGUUCAAGGACGCCGCCGCGCGGCAGAACCCCGACGACGGCGGCAGCGGGGAGGGCGAGGAGCACAAGGCCCGCGUGGCGCCGCCAGCAGGGGCAAUGUGGGCCGUGGCGCCGCCCAGCAGCUCCGCCGCCGGCGCCUUCUGGAUUCAGCCCGCGUGGGCGUUCGGCGCCGGCGCCGGCGCGAGCACGGUGCAGGCGCCGCUCCAGUUCAUGUCCACAAGAAGCAGCAGCAACAACAACUUCCCCGGCGGAGCCACGAUGGACGCCAACAUCGGCAUGCUCGCCGCCCUCAACGCCAGCGGCGGCGGCGCCCAGCACCACCAGCAGCAGGAGCAGCAGGAAGGGCAGCCUGCGGAGAUGGCCCAGCGCCACCGCACCGGCGCCGGCGCGAACGGCGGUGGCGCCGGCCGUGGCGCCGCGAGCCCCCAGUAAGCAAGGGCCGAGCCAUCGGAGAAGGUGAUGGAUCGGAGAGAAUCGAUCGCAUGAUGAGAGCAAGCUCGUGCUGCUUGGUGCUGGUGCAAAGCAUUUGGCAAUUAGGGCAGGGAUUAGUGGCUCGAUUAGGUGAGAUUGCUACUGCUCUUGGUAGUUGAUCCAUUGGUUGCUUAGUUUAUUCUUGAAGGAUUAUUUUAGUUUGCUCUUGGAUUAAUCUAUGAUUGUGCUGAUGGGAGUGAUGAUUGGCUGGGUCCGAUUAGAUCAGAAAAAAUCAGACUGUCAAUUCUUCUCAUAUUUAUGGUGUCAUGAAGAUUGCUGGGAUAUUAGUACAGUCAUUGCUCUUUGCUACCUAGCUACAUGUUCAUCUAGGCUGGACUUUUGCGAGAGAGAUGCAAACCCUAAUUGAAACCCGGGAGUUCUUCUUA